AGCCAGUCAGUCCAACUGGAAACAACCCUUGAGAUCUUCUAGUGUUUUGGUUAUCAGUAUAUGAUUUGGCUGAGGCAGGAUGAGUGCCUUUGCCGGGAAUGAUGAAAACGUUGCGAUCGGCUGUCCUAAGAAGCACUGUGGCUCGGAGAUGACCAGCGACUUUGUCUCGGCGAAACCCACUGGAAGACCAUCAAUCCUACGCCAGUCCCAAAUGGAGAAUCUGGGCUUGGGAAAUGUGACGAAGACUGUCAAGGUUUGUUUUCAGACGCCAAGGAGAGACCCUCUUACAAAGAGAAUUGUGUAUCCUGAAAAUCCGCAGAUGUCUGGCCAUGUGGAUCCCACGGAGACAAUGAGCACUCUGGAGUCUGUCAGUAGAGUGACUGCAUCUCCGGAAGGCAAGGGGACAGUGUCUACUGCCAAACGUAAUUCGGGAAAAGAUGCAAAUGACCAAGACAAGCCUGUGGUACCCUGUUCAAAUGAUGACGUGUUGAUUCCAAAAAGUGGAGCCUACCAGCUGGAUUUUGACAACCUUGAAACUAUGGACCCCUUCAGAGUUUCUAAUCUGAUGGGUAACUCCCCAGCAAAGAUCAAGAACUCCACCAGUUCCCAAGACACCAGUCAGAAUGAGCCCAUAGCCAAGAUCACAGAUGGAGCAAAAGAAGCACCUAAGACUGUGCAUGAAACCGAUGAGGCGCUGGAUGCAACGCUUCACUAUGAUCCAGUCAUGGAGCAUGGACCAGCAGAUCUGUCAACUGAGGUGUGCUCCACUGACAGCACCGUGAUCAUUGAGGUGAAACAGUCGGGAGGAAAAGCUGAAAUGGGAAUGAGUUUGGAAGAGGCACUGGAUAGCAACGGCUGCUACAGGCUUGACCAGGGUGGUCUCGUCAGUGGCAACGCUUCUCAGCCUGUAUUAUCUAAAGGCUCUUACAGCAUUGAUUUCGGCAAUCUAGAAUCUGUCAAUCCUUUUCAGACAGGUGGUUCCAAACUUCAGAAUUCCCCUGUGAUUAACAAGUUGCCAAGAAAGGGCUCCCUUUCUACCACAGAGGAAGAUGAGAAGCUUGAAUUAAGAAAAGAGGAGUCUGUCCUGCCUGAAAGCAAGCCUGUUGUUGUGACUCCAGAUGUUGCCACCGCAAAGGCCUCUUGCAGCUUAAACUUUGAUGACCCCAACUUUGACCCAUUUGGUGUGGGUAUGAAGAUGGAGAACAGUCCAAAAUGUGACAUACAACCCGGUCCCAGUCAAACAGGGAAGGUGAUGCUGGAGUAUUCCACCCAAGAGCUGGCCUCUCAGCUGGAACAAGAGGAUACUCCUGUCCAGAAGGGUGAAGCUGAUGAGUCACUACCCUGGACUGCAUCUCCGGAAGGCAAGGGGACAGUGUCUGCUGCCAAACGUAAUUCGGGAAAAGAUGCAAAUGACCAAGACAAGCCUGUGGUACCCUGUUCAAAUGAUGACGUGUUGAUUCCAAAAAGUGGAGCCUACCAGCUGGAUUUUGACAACCUUGAAGCUAUGGACCCCUUCAGAGUUUCUAAUCUGAUGGGUAACUCCCCAGCAAAGAUCAAGAACUCCACCAGUUCCCAAGACACCAGUCAGAAUGAGCCCAUAGCCAAGAUCACAGAUGGAGCAAAAGAAGCACCUAAGACUGUGCAUGAAACCGAUGAGGCGCUGAAUGCAGCGCUUCACUAUGAUCCAGUCAUGGAGCAUGGACCAGCAGAUCUGUCAACUGAGGUGUGCUCCACUGACAGCACCGUGAUCAUUGAGGUGAAACAGUCGGGAGGAAAAGCUGAAAUGGGAAUGAGUUUGGAAGAGGCGCUGGAUAGCAACGGCUGCUACAGGCUUGACCAGGGUGGUCUCGUCAGUGGCAACGCUUCUCAGCCUGUAUUAUCUAAAGGCUCUUACAGCAUUGAUUUCGGCAAUCUAGAAUCUGUCAAUCCUUUUCAGACAGGUUGUUCCAAACUUCAGAAUUCCCCUGUGAUUAACAAGUUGCCAAGAAAGGGCUCCCUUUCUACCACAGAGGAAGAUGAGAAGCUUGAAUUAAGAAAAGAGGAGUCUGUCCUGCCUGAAAGCAAGCCUGUUGUUGUGACUCCAGAUGUUGCCACCGCAAAGGCCUCUUGCAGCUUAAACUUUGAUGACCCCAACUUUGACCCAUUUGGUGUGGGUAUGAAGAUGGAGAACAGUCCAAAAUGUGACAUACAACCCGGUCCCAGUCAAACAGGGAAGGUGAUGCUGGAGUAUUCCACCCAAGAGCUGGCCUCUCAGCUGGAACAAGAGGAUACUCCUGUCCAGAAGGGUGAAGCUGAUGAGGCACUACCCUGCAUUGGAAAUGUGGCUCCCUCAAAAGGGGACUUGACAUCUAUCAUAACAGAGGAUACGCCUCCCCCAGAAGCAAACAAGUCCUCAACCUGUGAUGUAACUCAAGAAUAUGCAGCUGAGCUUGACCGGCCUCUGUGUAGAACCCCUGCCACACUGGAGCAAGUGGAAAGUUCACAGAAUGGCUUUGCUGAAGCAGAUGAAAUGUUUCUUCCUGGAACCACAUUCAUGUCUGCUGAUUUUGGACAGAUUGAUUAUCUGGAGCAAUUUGGGUCCACUACAUUCAAGGAAUCUGCUCUGAGGAAGCAGUCUCUGUACCUGAAGUUUGACCCUCUACUGAAGGACAGCCCUAAGAAGUCCACUGCAUGCCCUCCUGAGCUGCACAACAUUCCUCUCCCAGCUCCCAUUACAGCGUGGUUGGAGAAACAGGGAGGUGGGGCCCAAGACAAGAAGGACUGCAGUGGUGAGAAGACAAAUGGGUUCAGUUUCCUGGAAGAUUUCCCAGUGCGGGCUGCAGGUCCUCUUACACCUAACAUGUGUGGCUCCUUUGAUUCUCUGGUUUCCACCCUCCCCAAACCAGUCACUAGUGAAGAUGCCAUCAUUGAGGUGCUGCAGUACAGCCAAAAGGACAUGGAUGCUGCCAUUGCCAAGGUUCAAGCAGAGGUGAAAGAAAGAGAAGAUGAAUGGAAAACAAAAUAUGACAAAGUAUUGCUGGAUAACAAAGAAAUGGGUGACUUCCCACACCUGCAUAAAUCCAUCAGCUGUGAAGUCACCUGGACGUUGUAUAUUUUGAAUGUGUUAAAUGUAGCCACAAACAGACGUGGGCUGUGCCGUAAGUUGCACAGUAGCAUACUGCAUACUAGUGGAGUGGGCAAAAAGUCUAACUCGGGAGACCUGUGUGAACAGGACUUAUGUCCAUGUUUGUGCUCUCUGCAGGCAUUAACACAAGAUUUUUAUUUCAGGAAACUCAUACAUGGCUUUGAGGAGACUGUACUUGAGAUUGAGGCGACGGCACAAAAGGAAAAGGAGGCUUCCCAGAAGGAGCUCCAGAAGGUUCUGAGGGAGAAGGAGCAGAUGGCCACAGACCUUAAUGGCAUGGAGAGGACUGUGGCUGGGCUUUUGAGAAGGCUAGAGAAUCACAAAGAAGUCUUUGAAGGGUACAAAAAGAAUGAAUGCACCCUCAAGAAAUGUGCAGAGGAUUACCUUGCCAGACUCAAAAAAGAAGAGCAGCGCUACCAGGCACUAAAGACCCUUGCUCAGGAAAAGCUUGACCUGGCAAAUGCGGAGAUUGCUCAGGUGCGGGCCCACCUGAAGGCAGAAACCUCUGCCCUGCAAGUUCAGCUGCGCCGGGAGCAGCUGAAGGUGGAGUCUUUAGAAAAGAGUCUGGAGCAGAAGAAAAAAGAAGUGGAGGAGCUCACCAAGCUGUGUGAUGAACUUAUAGUCAAUGUGCAAAAACGCUGA